AUGCGUCCGCCGCCCGCGAGGACGACGGAGCGCGCGGAGGAGGAGGAGGUGGAGGUGGAGGAGGAGGAGGACGACGACGACGACGACGCGCGCGUGGGCGCCGCCGCGGAGGAGGAGUACGACGAUUUCCUUCCGCUCAAAAACGAAGCCGUGAUGGACGGCCACCGGAAGGUCGUCUCCGCGCUCGCGCUCGAACACACCGGGUCGCGGCUCCUCACCGGGUCGCACGACUACACCGUGAAGAUGUACGACUUCAACGGCAUGCGUAGAGACCUGAGGCCGUUCCGGGAGAUAACGCCGGACGACGGAUACCCGAUCCACGCGCUCUCGUGGUCGCCGAGCGGCGAUCAGGCGCGUCCCUUCCUCGUCGUCACCGGAGGCCCGCAGCCAAAGAUUUACGACCGCGACGGCCGCGAGCUCGGCGAGUUUGACAAGGGCGACAUGUACAUCAGAGACUUAAAGAACACGAAAGGCCACUGCUCGCCGUGCACGUCCGGGGCGUGGCAUCCGACGGACCGAGACCAAGCGUUGACCGCGUCCGCGGACGGCUCUCUGCGGAUCUGGAACGUCUCGAUGUGCGGCGACCCGCGAGGCGCGCAAAAGUCCGUCGUCAAACCGCAGCUCGCGCGCCCCGGACGCGUGCAGGUGACGUCGUGCGCGUACAACCACGACGGGAGCAUGAUCGCGGGAGGGGUCACGGACGGGACCGUGCAGCUGUUUCCGUCCUCCGGAGGGAGCAGCUAUCGAAACGCGCGAAGCGCGCACGCGCCGGGGGAGAGCAUCACGUCCGUCGCGUUCGCGCGCGACGGGAACAUGGUACUCUCGCGGUGCGCGGACGGCACGUUGAAGGUGUGGGACGCGCGGAACGCGUCCAAAGUCGUCAAGGUUUUCCACGGUUUGGAGACGACGCACGAGGAGACCCAAGUCGGGUUCUCCCCGAACGACGCGUUCUUCUACACCGGCGUCGACGCGCCGAUGAGCCGCGCGAGCGAGGGCGACGGCGCGCUGUGCGUCUUCAGCAAAGACAAACUCGAGAUGGUGCGGAAGAUUGGCACGAAAGGCAACUGCGUCGCCGCGGCGUGGCACGCGCGCCUCAACCAACUCUUCUUGGGCUGCGGCGACCACAAGGGCGGGCACGCCAGCGCGCUGUACGACGACCGACGCUCGGAGCGCGGGAUGCUCGUGUGCGUGGGACGGAAAGCGCGGUCGAAGUCUAACGCGGACUUUGUCAACAUAUCGCUGCAGAACAUCGCGUACACGCCGCACGCGUUGCCGAUGUUUAAAGAGCCGAUGCCGGGAAAAAAAGCCGAGGGCGAGGGCUACAUCGGGACGCGAAAGUCGAAGGAAAAGUCGAAGAAGCCGCUGCAGGUGCAGUCGAGGAAAGCCGCGGGGACGCUACUGACGCAGAGCAUCAUGAAGGAGAGCGGGAUGAUCGGGGACAAGAACUGGAGGCUGCAGGACCCGCGCGAGGCCAUCUUGAGGCACGCGAAGGACGCGGAGGAGAACCCGUGGCGGACGCGAAACGCCUACGCGGAGACUCAGCCGGAGCCUAUCUUCCACGAGAGCGAGGACGAGGCGAGCGACUCGGACUGA